ACGAAAAGGAAACUGGAAAAAACGUACAAGAGCGUUACAUCUUUUUGUACUAUGUAUAACUCACUAUUGUAGUUGCAAACAAACCACGGCCACAAAGCCUACCGUUUAUUCCUACGUUUAUUCAAAGCGACCUCCUUUGUCCCUAAAACAACGUUCAGGGAUUACAACCCCAGACUCGCAUUUCUGUUUGUUGAGUCAGAUCAUUUUUAUUUGUUGGGGAUUUUUGCAGCCAUUUAACUUCUUUGCCAUUCGGAUUUCCAAUUUUGCAAUUGUGGCCUUAUGAGAGGGUGAAUUUGCAUGCAGCAAUGUCAAGUUGCUCAACUAUUCACUUAACUUUACCGCAGUGUGACGGUGGCGCACGGAAAAUACGCUAUAUUUAUUUGGUGAAUCUGACGUCGUUCAGUCUGACGCAGAGUUCCAACAAGAGUGCGGUAGUUCCUCUUUAUUUAGGAGCAGAUGUCUUCUCGAACACAGACAUCCGCACAGAGAACCAUCCCAGAUACCACGCCAAGUUUGCCAAGAAAGGAUUUGCAACAAAAGUACAUUUUUCCUCAGCAUUCCGGUUCCAAGGGUUGAAGGUCCAUACCUCAAAUAACAGCCUCUGGUUCUACAGCAUUCAAGGACUUUUUCGAGUGGCCUUUGAGAUGUACAGCAAAGAGGAGCAGCUUGCUGUUUUGGAGAACUUCCAGGAGGUUUGGAAGUCACAGAUAAAUGACAGCCCCCUGAAGAUGAGUUACAGCCUGAAUGUGCAGCUUGGAUUGGCACAACCCCAGCGUUGCCAUGGCGGCAGGGAGUCGGUGGACGUGCAUUGCAGUGACACCGGUGAUACCUCAGCAGAUCACGAUUAUUGUUCGUUCCCCAAGCAGAGCUUGCAGGCUGAGCAAAACCAACAAGUUGUAUCCACACUGAGGCAGAAAUUGCACAGCUUGGAUGACAAACUCUCCUCUGAGACUCAAAGCCACACGGACCAUUUGGAGACCAUAUCGAUGCUUUUGGAGAACAUUGAUCAGUACGUAAACGGGAAACUAGAAGAAAAGCACGUGACGGAGACGGUGUUAUCCCUGCUUACGGCUAAAGACUGGGGCUGUGCGUACUCCAGUUCCCUGCUUUGUGCUGUAGGACGAUGGCUAGGCCAACAGUUUCAUGCCGCCAACAACAGCAUCAGCCAGCGCGUGGAGGGCUUCAAAGUACAGCACAUCGAACAAAUUAGUGACUUGCCUCCUGCGGAGGAGCUGGCCAAAGAGCUUUUCCCCGUAGCCAUGCAAACCCUGCUGCUCCACUGGAUGGGCUUAAGUGACGAGUCCACGGUGGAGAGGAGACACAGCGAGUACCCAAUCCUGCUCCUCAUCCUGGAGUUUGCCAAUCACAACCUCAUCACUGGUGUGGCCCAUGUGCUCUACUCCAGUCUUAUAUGUAAAUAGGAGUGGUUUUCCAAUUAGUUGUCAAAACAAAAACGUUUCCACUAUUAUAAUUCUUAAAUUGUCGUUUGUAUGUGAUGUUGUACUUUCUUGCUUUGGACACUAUUUAUUUCUAUCAGGUUUGGUAAGUGCUAUUGAUGAUUAUAAAAGGUGGAUGCACCUUUUCUUGACAUUAUCUUGUUUUGCAAAAUGUUCGAUACAAAGCAGUGGGUUUAGCAAAAUAAUGUUAGAUGUAUUAAGUUAAUUGUUUUUCUGGUGUAAUGCAGUUGACUAAUACAGCUCCAAUAACGACAUCAAUUCAUUCCAUAUCAUUUUGACAAGAUUAUAUUGCUUUAUAGAUGGAAUAUGGAAAAAUAAUUCUAUUUCCACAUCAAAUCCUGGUAACAUUAGGGAAAAUAAAACAAAUGUAAUCAAAAAGUAUUCGGUAAAUGUGAGGUGAUGAAGGAAAAAUCGUAUUCAACACAAAUUUUUAUUUAAAAAAAGCUUUGAAGUUUGUGAAUCUUUCAUCAAGGACACAGCUGUCUGUCACAAUCCAAAAGACAAAAUUAAAACUUAGUUUAGCUUUUCUUUCCGAGGCAGAAAAAAUGAAUCCAUGUCAUUCAGAUAAUGUAAAAUUAACUUGCU